GCCGGGCGGGGGGAGGACGCGCCGAGGCCACACCCAUCGGCGCGCCGAUCCCGGCAGCGAGUCGUCGGCCGCCGCGCGCUCCUGCCGAGCCUCCGCCCGCACCGAGCCCGGAGCCGGGCCGCACCGGGGAGGGCCGCUCCGGCCGCAGCGCGAGGGCAACAGGGGCGGCGGGGGGCCGGCACCAGGCGCGGCCGGCGCAGCGACCAUGAUCGCUUUGUUCAACAAGCUGCUGGACUGGUUCAAGGCCCUGUUCUGGAAGGAGGAGAUGGAGCUCACGCUGGUCGGGCUGCAGUACUCCGGCAAGACCACCUUCGUCAACGUGAUCGCGUCAGGACAGUUCAACGAGGACAUGAUCCCCACUGUGGGCUUCAACAUGCGCAAGAUCACCAAGGGGAACGUGACCAUCAAGCUCUGGGACAUCGGGGGACAGCCCCGCUUCCGUAGCAUGUGGGAGCGCUACUGCCGCGGAGUGAGCGCCAUCGUGUACAUGGUGGAUGCCGCUGACCAAGAGAAAAUUGAGGCCUCCAAGAAUGAGCUCCACAACCUACUGGACAAGCCCCAGCUGCAGGGCAUCCCGGUGCUCGUCCUGGGGAACAAGCGAGACCUUCCGGGAGCGCUGGAUGAGAAGGAGCUGAUCGAGAAAAUGAACCUGUCUGCCAUCCAGGACCGAGAGAUCUGCUGCUACUCCAUCUCCUGCAAAGAGAAGGACAACAUCGACAUCACCCUACAGUGGCUUAUCCAGCACUCAAAGUCUCGGAGAAGCUGAGACCGCGGCCGUGCCCUCGGACCAGGGGCCGCGUCCCAACCUGAGGCCGAGCUCCCCCUCCCCCUGCGGCCCCCCAAGCCCACCCUCCGUACUCCGCGCGGGGAGGGUCCUCCGGGGGGCCCCAGAGUCCCGUUCUGCUGAACUGAUUUGACUGUAAAAUAAAUGGCUCCCGCCCGCCCCCUAACCUCCCCCUCCCGGCUCCGUUUCCGUCCCCGCCCCUCUCCCGCUCCCCUUUCCCACACACUGUUAUUGUCCUGUGUGUACAGUAUAUAUAUGUAUAUAUAUUUUAAUUUUUUAAUUUAAGCAAAGACUAAAAUCAACCAUUUGAUGCUGCAGGGCCCAGCCAGGAUCUGGGAGGGGGCGGUGGGGAGAGCAGGAGGGAGCCGCGGGGUCGGCUGGGGCCGGUCUGCCCGGAAAGGCACCAGCCUGGCAGGGGCGGCCGUCCCGAGCCUCGAGCCUCGUCUGUCCCCGCAGUGUCUGGAUGUCAGGCAGAUGGGAGCAAGCCUUCAGGGACUCCCCUCUCGGCCCCAGCCGGGCGGAGGGCAGGGGCCGCCUCCAAGGUGCCCCCGCCGCCCUCCCCGCUGCCCGGCCGGCUUCCAGCUCCCGCCCCUCCCCAGGCCCCCAUCUCCACGGGCCACCUCACUUUCUGUUCUCGUUUUGCAGAGUUGCACAAGGAGAGAACUCAGCAUGGGGGGUUGGUUCUUUGGAUUUUUGUUUUCUGUUGGUUUAUUUAAUUUAAUGAUUUGUAAAGUGAUGUCCCUCUUCCUUUUUUACACUUUUUUGCUCAUAUUUAACCUCUGUUUGGAAGAUGAUUCUUGUAACUGUACAUUUUUUUGCCUCCUAACAAGAAUAAACGACAAUUUUGUGUUG